AUGGGUUGUGCACCAUCUCAGAAGAAAACAAUGAAAUCAUCUUUUGAUGAUUAGGCAUAAAAAUUGGAAACCGAAGAUCAAAAAAAUUUGGGAAUGAUUGCCUUCAAAAGCCUUUAGAAGAAACACAUCGAAGCCAAUAUGGAGAUACUUUCAAGUAAGACCUAGAUGUAUUGAAAUAGAAACUUGUUCUCCUGAAUAUAAGUGUAGAUUUGGUGAAAUAGUAGAAGACAUUUGA